AUGGAAGUUCCCGCCCGCCCGUCCUCCACCCCACCCAACCAGCCGCGAGCGCGAGCUCCUCAUAAAACCCACGCCUCCCGUGUGAAAGUGAGACCCCCAUUCAUUCCCCACCUCGCUGCCGGGAAGGUCGGGAAAAACCCUAGCGCGCGCCUAGCCCCACCCACCCACGCGAGCGCGCGGCCGCGGGUUCCAUCGAUGGCGCGGAGAGGCGGGAGGGGGCGAGGACGGCGGGGAGGCGCCGCCGCUCGGCCGCGGGACGAGCGCGCCGUGGUCGACCUCGGCGACGAUGAUGCGAAGUCAACUCGUCAAGCGAAGCCGCAGAACAGUGCGGGGAGAUGUGCCGCAGAUACCUCCGAAGGGCGCCUGUGUGAUUCACCUGUUGUUUCAACAAGGAACCUGGGGCGUCUCAGGACGCGAACAGCGGCGAGCGUUUCUGCAACUGCGGAGGUUCCUGAUGUCAGCCUGAGCGAGGACGAAGAUGGCAAGAUGUUGCCUCCUAGCAGAAGGUCCAAACGCCUGCAGAGAAAACUAACUGGAAAGGAUGAUUUGAUUGGCACUGAAAGUGAAGAUGUAUCUGUGAGCAGGGAAGAUGAGUCCCGGAAGUUGGUCCAGCAAAGAAGGCCAAAACGACUAAGAAAGAAACUUCUGUCUGAAUAUUACAGUGGUGAAGUUACUGACAAUAAAGACACCUGGCGGAGUAGCCCUGAUGAUGAUGACCAUCUACCCCCUCAACGAAGAUCGAAGCGCCUUCGGGAUAGGGUGGGAACUAGAAAUUAUGAAUCUGAUGAUGAAGCUGAUAGUGACACUAUUGGUAAGUCCCAGAAGUUGGUCCAGCAAAGAAGGCCAAAACGACUAAGAAAGAAACUUCUGUCUGAAUAUUACAAUGUUGAAGUUUCUGAAGAUAAAGACACCUGGCGGGGUAGCUCUGAUGAUGAUGAUCAUCUACCCCCUCAACGAAGAUCAAAGCGCCUCCAGGAAAGGGUGGGAACCAGAAAUCACGAAUCUGACGACGAUGCUGAUAGUGACACUAUUGAUAAUCAUAGGAAGGCAAUUCCAUGCAGAAUGUCAAAGCGCCUACAAGAGAAACGGAAGGCUGAUCAUAUUUCAGAUGAGAGCUAUACUGAAGCUUCUUCGUGUAUGUUGUCAGUGUCUUCAUCUUCAGGAUCAGAUGAUGAGUUAUUGCGCAAUACUGUAAACCCUUGCAAAAACACUUCUGAUGGACCAAUGUGCUCAAUAUGUAAGAGUGGAACUGGCAGCUCUUUUCUAAUCGAAUGUCAGAAUUCUAGCUGUUCUCAUAGCUUCCAUAGUUUCUGUCUCGAUCCUCCUAUGCAAAACAGUGGAGGCACCUUGGAAUGUCCUCUGUGCAAUAGCAAUCAAACUUCUUUGGCUCAGAGGACAGAAGUAAAUCCGUCAAGAAAGAUCCAAAGGUUUGUAGGUUGUAGACGGGUGAUUCUUCAGGAGUCAGAUUUCCAGUAUCAGUUCCUCGUGAAAUGGCAUUUACUUUCUCAUCAUCAUGACUGCUGGGUUCCACUUGACUGGCUUCUUGUUCAUGAUCGUCUACGGGCACAAAGCUACAUCAGGAAGAAUAGCUUGCCUAAGGAGGUCUUCUCGGAUGAUGAAAGGAAACCAGAAUGGUUUGAAGUAGAUCGUGCCAUUGCAUGUCGUCGGAAGUUUGAUCCUCAUGGUUUAUGUGACAUCUUGGCUAGUUUUGAAGAUAAUGAAGACUUUGAGGGAUAUGAGUUCCUUGUGAAAUGGAAAGGCCUUGAUUACUGUGAUGCUACAUGGGAGCCAUAUUCGACCGAAGGCGUGCAAUCAGCUAUUUCUAUGCUUGUCGAAAGGCAUCGAAAUACAUUAAAAAUAGCUGAUUGUAUCAGCCAAAUGUACACUGAUGAAAUGAUACCCGAAAAUGUACACAGUGGUGCUUUAUAUGACUAUCAGCUUCAAGGAUUACAAUGGAUAUUUGACAAUUUCAAAAUUAGGAGGAGUGUUAUUCUUGCUGAUGAAAUGGGUCUUGGCAAGACUGUCCAAGUUGUUUCCUUUCUCAGCCAUAUUGUCAAGGGAAGUUUCACAACAUCACCUGCGUUGGUCCUAGCUCCCAAAAGCAUCCUACUCCAAUGGAAAAAGGAAUUUGGUCGCUGGGCAAGUGAUCUAAAUAUUGUUGUUUACCAAGGAGAUAAGGACUCCAGGAAGUGUAUUCAAGAUCAUGAAAUGUACUCUUCUCAAGGGAGGACUUUAUUUGACGCUCUUGUCACAAGUUACGAGUUUGUCCAACUCGAUAAAGCAGUCCUACAAAAAAUUAAGUGGUCAACGAUUGUCAUUGACGAGGCACACAGACUGAAGAAGGUUGAUUGCAACCUUGCAUCAGUCCUAAAACGAUAUAGCUCAGAGUUCCGGCUUCUACUUACGGGAACACCGUUGCAAAACAAUAUCCUGGAAUUGUUUUCGUUGCUUCAUUAUAUUGAUCCAGAUGAGUUCUCCGAUGCAAAGGCCGAUGGGUUGUUCUUACCAAUUGAAUCUGGACUGGACUUGACAAUAGAUGAAAAAGUUGCUCGCAUUCAUGAAAUUUUAAAGCCUAGGAUGUUGAGGAGGAUGAAAUCAGAUGUGCUAAAAGAUUCUAUGCCGAUAAAGAAGUGGAUAGAAGUUCCAUGUGCACUUGCAGACUCUCAAAGAGACCUUUACAUUAAUAUUUUAGAGAAGAACUACUCGAAGCUGAACAGUGCUAUUCAGUCUGGCAGAAAGCUUUCUUUGAACAAUGUACUUAUGGAAUUGAGAAAAUGCUGCAAUCACCCGUAUCUAUUUCCAGGACUGGAAGUUCACCAGCAUGCAGGAGAAGAUGUUUUCCUAUCACUUGUUUCUGCAUCUGGGAAACUUCAACUCUUACACAAGCUUCUUCCGAAACUGAAAGAAAGGGGGAACCGUGUACUGAUUUUCUCCCAGAUGACCAAGAUGCUUGAUAUUCUCGAAGACUUUCUUUUUUCCCUGGGCUACAAAUAUGCACGCAUUGAUGGACAGACAUCACUCUCUGCAAGGCAGGAGGGCAUAAAAGAAUACAACAACGUUGAAAGUGAAACAUUUAUCUUCUUGAUGUCUACUCGUGCUGGUGGUCUAGGCAUUGACCUGCCUGGUGCAGAUCGAGUAAUUAUCUAUGAUCCUGAUUUCAACCCAUUCAUGGACUUGCAAGCACAGUCAAGGGCUCACCGGAUUGGCCAGACCCGACCUGUGGUUGUCUACCAACUAAUCACAAAAUGCUCUGUUGAAGAGAAGAUACUGCAAAAGUCUAAGCAGAAGCUGGCCAUUGAGAAUAUGUUAAUGAACUCUUCCAAAAAGCCAAGUGCAGAGGAGCUGAAGUCUGUCCUACUACACGGAGCCAAGACAAUUCUGGAAAAGAAGAAGAUCAAUGCUACAUCAAUCCAUUAUGAUGACGAGGCCAUUGAGAAUCUCCUCAAGUUAGAUCCUUCUAUUGGGGAGAAGUGCUCUUCAGAUGACAAUGGUUAUCUUGGGAGCAUUGUGAGCUUUGCUCAUGGCGGCGAGGAGGAUGGACCUCUCUCCCCCAAGGUUGAGGAUCUCAAAGUUUUCAAGCCUGCUACUCCCAAAGUUGAACUACUUGGCCGUGGGAGAAGGCAACGGUUGGCUGUGAAAUACUCUGAUGAGCUUGAUAUUGGAGACAGCGAUGACAUGUAUGCUCCGGAAGUUUCCCCAGAUUCAAGUAGCUCUUCAUCUGAUGAUGAGACAGAACAAGAAAUUCCUGAAGUGGUGAGCUUGAAGCAGGAAGUUGCUCCAGAUUCAAGUAGCUCUUCAUCUGAUGAUGAGACAGAGCAAGAAAUUCCUGAAGUGGUGAGCUUGAAGCAGGAAGUUGCUCCAGAUUCAAGUAGCUCUUCAUCUGAUGAUGAGACAGAGCAAGAAAUUCCUGAAGUGGUGAGCUUGAAGCAGGAAGUUGCUCCAGAUUCAAGUAGCUCUUCAUCUGAUGAUGAGACAGAGCAAGAAAUUCCUGAAGUGGUGAGCUUGAAGCAGGAAGUUGCUCCAGAUUCAAGUAGCUCUUCAUCUGAUGAUGAGACAGAGCAAGAAAUUCCUGAAGUGGUGAGCUUGAAGCAGGAAGUUGCUCCUGUACCUGACAGUCAAUUGACAUCCUCCUUAAGCUCCUCUGAUGGCGAAAAGGAGAAUGUGACGCAUUGAGUAACGAGCGUGAAGCUGGAAGUACCUCGCAGUUGAUGAAGAAACCUUCUACUACUAAUCAUUAAGUUAAGGAAGUAGAAAAACACUUCUUUUGUAUAGGAAUCGCUGAUGUAGCCAUACGUUGCUAAUUUAUAUGCCGGCUUUUGUGGCAUUUGGCGAUAUUUUGUAAAAAAAUGGUCACAUCGUACGCCCAGUUUAGAAAAUUGAGGGUGAUAGCGCUGAUAUAACUAUGUUGGAAUUAUCUCAUCUGGUUAUGUUUCUGUCAACUUAACAUUUGUAACCAUGUUGCAUUUUCCUCA